AUGCCAUAUUUUCCCUUUUCUUCUCAUGCUACGCAUGUCCAACCAAUUAUUAUUGUAACUUCAAAUGAAGAAGAGGAACUAGAAGAAAACUUUGAUGAGUAUUUGUCAGCACUUCCACCACAUUUCCGUCCCUCAAUAUCUUAUCCUUCAUAUAUUCCACUGUCGUCGUACUUGCCGCCACUACCACCUCCAAUAUUCAAUGCAAGCAACGAAGGAUAUCCUAUUGAUCUAAGAAGCUUUCUUCUGGCAGCCACACAAGACCAAGUUAAUACUAGCACGACUCGCACAGAACAGUCUAGACCAGUAGUUUCUGAUCAGCCAACUCAGCAGUCUACAUCUGAAACAGAGCCGCCAUCUCUGUUUCGUUUACGCAUGCAUGUUGACGGUUUUCGUCCAUCCGAACUCAAAGUGUCCAUAAAGUAUAAUCGCCUCAUCGUGCGCGGCAAACAUAUAGUUCGGGCUUCGUCAACAACAGCCACAUCGGUCCCUCUCACCACAGUCUCACAGUUCAAUGACCACAACGUGGAUGACGAUGAUGACAACGAAUGUGACUUUGUUUCAAAAGAGUUUAAACGUACGUUUGCCUUACCAUCAAAUACUGACAUACGCAAAGCGAAUGCCCAUUAUUUACCACAGGAAUCGAUUCUUGUUAUCGAGAUUCCAUUUCGAUCAUUGAGCGAUAGUUGUACGACAACACCAAGAACGCGACCGCUUGACUGUUUUUUUACCAUCGUUGCUUUCCUAUUAUUAGAUCGAGCACUGCGUCGAACGGUCGAAUGCUACAUAAGACAACAACAGAUGGAAAACGAUAAUCACUUUGUCUGA